UCAAGUGUAAACGUCAACAGGUGGUUCGAAGUCUUGAGGAUGAUAAGGUCUGCUGGUGUGACAACAAUAUGUUUCAGCCACCUGUUGAAAUAGUGGAAAUCCUUUAUAACCUCGGAAACAUCACGGAACGAAUCAAUCCAGCUGAUGUAGCUAUUUAAAUGAAGAUACAUUGAAUGAAGAAGAAUAUUGGCUGACAUCUUCCCAUGAAUCAAUAAAGUUUACUUGUAUCAGGUGGAGGAAUUUGCUGUGGUGGUAUCACCAGGCAAUUAAUAUUGUCAGUGUCACAACAAAUUCACUGGCAGGAAAGUGUUAUCUCUUGAUUUCCAUCCCAAAUUGUGUUUGACAUUGAACAAGGCUUUGUAGCCAAAACCAUGUGUAAACAAGUGGCUUUGGACAAAUAAACCAUCACAGGUGAUGAAGUGAAGAAUUGGAAGAUUCCCUUGUUUGAGACGCAGGGAACAUAUCAGUAGCUUAUCAGGACUCUUCAGAUGACCUAUCAGUGACAGAGCCAAUGUGUCACGCUUCAGUCAUCAACAGUGCAAUACGUGACUACCCAACACCCCUGUCAUUCCAAAUGGACUAGUCUAUCACUUGUUGCCAAGAAAUCCAUUUAUUUUAUUUCGAACAUUUUCACACGAUAUUAUUCCUGUAUUGUUAUGCAACGUAUAUGUGUAAUAAGCUCUGUAGUUUAUUGAUUGUGAUAUUAACUGACUGUUCCAUUAUUACCAGAGGGGUGUUGACUGACAACAGGUGUGAGAUAAUAUAAUGAAUGGCGAUUGGUGCUUUAUAGGAAUGUUAUGCAUGCACAUCAGGCGCAGUGCUGCUCUGAGCUAUCUGUCAUAAUCACCCCAAGCAAGAGUUUUGAUAGCGGCAACCUGUUCAACUAUUCCACCCAACUUGGCAGCUUUCAGUAGAUUUUGGAACUAUUGGCACACUAAAGGAUAAGUGACGAAAUGACGGAGCCGGAUCAAGAUGAGAUUCAUGAGAUUAUGGUGCAGAAGGCCACGGAACUGUUCAAAGUGUGUGAUAAAGAGGAAAAUGGUGUUAUUUCUAAACGGGAUAUGCAACGUCUGCGGAGUGAGCUCCCCUUGUCUCCAGAUAUGUUGGAGGAUGUCUUUGAUUCACUGGAUCUCGAUGGAAACGGAUUUCUUACUCUUCAGGAAUUUAUUGAUGGAUUUGAAAGAAUUAGGACGAAUACGGAUAGAGUGUCUAGCAAGUGUGAAUCAUCAAAUCCAUCUGAAAGGAAUACUCACAGGUUUCGGCGUAAAAAAUUGCAGUCCCUGCAUUGCAGUUUCCUGGGGAUGAAGCCAGGAGGGACGGGGUCGAUGGAGGAGGAGGAGGGGGAGGAGCGUGUUUACGAGGACGAGGAUGACGGUGCCAAUACUGUGGAGGUGGAGAAACACUUCCAGGAGAUGAUGAAUAAUGUUGGCGCCAAAAGAUUCUUCAACGAUGACGACACAAUCAAGGCAUUAUGGGUUAAGCUGCGUGCAGAUGAGCCUGAACUUCUCGGGGACUUUGAGGAAUUCCUGAAUCGAGUCACCAGCAAUAUCAAACAGUCCCAGAAUGACUUCGAAAGUCUUGAAACAGCUCUCAGGAGCAAAACUAAUGCACAUGAUGAAGAGGUAAGAAAACUGUAUGAAGAAAUGGAGACACAGAUAAAGCAGGAGAGAGAUCGCAUUCUGAAAGAGGAGAAGGCAAAGGAGAAACAGCUUCGUGAAGAGAUGGAGAGGGAGAUAUUCGAGAAGGACCGACAGCUGCAGGAGUUACUCCAAAAACACCAGGAGAUGGAAUCCCAGCUGGAGGUUCUCAAUAUGACAGAGACAGAGACAAAGCAGGAAAAUGAAAAGUUGAUGAAUGACAAGGAGAGGCUUGAGGAGCUGCUGAUGACUUCCCAGGAUAAUCUGGAGGAGUCCAAGACGUACAUCAACCAGCUCCGGGAACAAGACAAGCACCACACCAAGGAGAGAGCCAGACUUUCAGGAUUUGAACUGAGAGAACAAAGGGGAGGUAAUCCUCUUAUACGCAAGGGGAGACGACUCCAGGGAAAUGAUGAGCCUAUUUCUGAUAGCCGGAGAGCUGCGAUGAAGAUGACGGAGGGCAUCGCCAUGGAGAGAGAGAGCUUAGUGAAGCAGCUCGACAUGCUCAGGGAUAUGAACCGAAAAUUGCGAGACGACAAGGACGAAGCUGAGGCAGCGGAAUCAAGGCGGGAUCCAUCCCCAAAUGCGCUAGACCGAGAACUGUCUGAACAGGCACUUUCAACGACUGAGACUCUCCCGGACCGCAGUGACCCCAUCGACCUCACUGACCGCAGUGAAGUCGGGCCGGUCAGGAAGAAACUCACAAAACAGGGCUCCGUCCUCUCUAACUACUUCCCCGGGUCUACAGACAGAAGGUCCAAUCCGAGGACCUCUGAGACGCUUUCAGAGGAUGUAGACGGACAUCUUGCGGACAUUGACGAUGACAUUGAGUGUGAUGAAGACGACAACUACAACAGUCAUUCAUUGUUAUCAACUAAUCUCAACUCUGUAAAUGGAUCUAUGAAUGAAGAAAUGUACACUUCUCAAGGACAUGAUAAUUCAAUGUAUGUGGAAUCUGGAUACAGCGUGAGGCAGCCCAAUGGCAGGGAUGUCAACUCCAGCGAUACAGAGAGUGAAGCAGCAGCAAGGGGACAUAACUCUAGGUUAAAAAAUGGUCAUUCCCAUAAUGCAUUUGUGGAUGGUCUGCGUGGACAGCCAGUGGGGGCUACAGCAACAGUGGAGAGUGGUGACAGGGGACUUCAGCCAGCGGAGCCGACCGGGCCGGAGAGGAUAUUCAAGGUCGUGUUUGUGGGGGACUCUGGCGUGGGCAAGAGCAGCUUUAUAUAUCGGUUCUGUCACCGCAACUUCAAGCAGUCCUUCAGUGCCACUAUCGGUGUGGACUUCCAGAUCAAGACUAUGAUGAGUGAGGGGAAGCUGAUAGCUCUGCAGCUGUGGGACACCGCUGGACAAGAGAGGUUUCGGAGCAUCACCAAGCAAUAUUUCCGGAAGGCGGAUGGCGUCAUCGUCAUGUAUGAUGUCACAUCCGAGAACUCCUUCGUCAACAUCCGGAACUGGAUGAACAGUGUCAAGGAAGGAGUGGAUGACGAUACGGUCAUUGUGAUCGUGGGUAACAAGAUGGAUCUCGCUGAAAACGACAACAAACGUGUCAUCAAAACUAAAGAUGGCAUUAAGUUUGCUGAUGAGUAUGGUGCUCUGUUCUAUGAGACCAGUGCUAAGAUAGGGAGUGGUGUCACAGAAACCAUGGAGGCCCUAGCAUGUGUCCUGCGGGAGAAGGAGGAUAAGUCUAUUGAAGCUGCCCUGAGGCUGGAGGCCGGGACAAUCAAGAAGAAAGGAUGCUGUUCUUGAUAGAAAGAAGAACAUGUAAAUGGCUGGGGUGGGAUACAGAGGGGAGACAACUGAGAGUAUUACUUGAGGGGAGAUAACUGAGAUUAUUGAUAGGGGAGAUAACUACGAGGGGCUGUAACUGAUUGAUAUCUUGCAGAAAGGGAGACUACUGAUUGAUAUAUUAGAGGAGGGGAAAUAUGUGUUUGAUAUAUUGCAGGAAGAGAGAUACCUAAUUGAUAUAUUACAGAAGAGGAGAUAACUCUCUGAUAUAUUACAGGAGGGGACAUGACUGGGAGAUAUAAGGGAGAGAACUGAUAUUACAUAAAGGGCUAUAACAGUGAUUAUUACUGGAGGGAUAUAAAUUGAUUAUUGUAUGAAGGGAAUAACUGAAAGUGAAAUAACUGAUAUUGUGGAAGGGGACGCUACUGUUACCUCAUGGUAGUUACAGAAUGAAGGAAUGAACUUCAGUGAAAAGGUCACUUUCAAAUGUCAGACCAUCAACAAUGGCAGCAAUGUUGAACUCUCUGAGGCUGAGCUUUGACCCAGAUUACAGGUUAACAUUGAACUCUCUGAGGCUGAGCUUUGACCCAGAUUACAGGUUAACAUUGAACUCUCUGAGGCUGAGCUUUGACCCAGAUUACAGGUUAACACUGAACUCUCUGAGGCUGAGCUUUGACCAAGAUUACAGGUUAAAAUUUAAUCCAUCUCACAGACACUGAGGUUAAUCAAUGAGUAUUUGCAUGCGGUAUACUCAUUGUGUUGAUCAUGGAACUUUGACUGUGUCAACAUCUGAAGAAAUCCGGACUAAAAUGGUCUUCCAGGGUAUGAGUAGUUGUGAUGGAAAAGAUAAAAGGACUGUUCAUGAAUCUUCUUCAGAACCAAGAACUGUUCCUCAAUCUCCUCCAGAUCCCAGGACUGUUCAUCAAUCUCCUCCAGAACCCAGGGCUGUUCAUCAAUCUCCUCCAGAACCCAGAACAGUUUCUCAAUCUCCUCCAGAGCCCAGGACUGUUCCCCAAUCUCCUCCAGAACCCAGAACUGUUCCCCAAACUCCUCCCGACCCAGGGCUGAUCAUCAAUCUGUUCGAAAAUCGCCUCCAGAUCCCAGAACAGUUUCUCAAUCUCCUGCAGAACCCAGAACUGUUUCUAAAUCUCCUCCAGAUCCCAGGACUGUUUCUCAAUCUCCUCCAGAUCCCAGGACUGUCCCUAAAUCUCCUCCAGAAAUCAGGACUGUUCAUCAAUCUCCUCCAGAUCCCAGGACCUUUCAUCAAUCUCCUCCAGAUCCCAGGACUGUUGAUACACCUCUUCCAGUACAGCACCCAGUAUGAAUGUCCACAAUUGCCAGACUAUCUUGAUAUGUGUGAAAUUAUGGACUACAAGCUACUGUUCGACUUACAGACAACCUGAAAAAGUUCUUCAUUGUAUCAAGUCAUGCAGAGUGUGAGAACUUUACCUUCCACAUGAACAUUGACUCUGUGCUCUCCAUCCCAUAGUAUGGGAGUCUGCCAUUGCUGAAGCGUCUUCACUGGAUGUAGUUUUCAAGUUGUGUCCAGAUUUCACAGGUUUGAAAGAAUUUCAUAGAUAUAGAGUUAGAAAUCCAUCCUUGUGUUACACUUUGUAUGGUUAAUUCAUUUUAUAUUAAAACAUUAACCAGUGGAAUCACUAAAUGUGCAAUAACAUGUAUGUUUUAGUCAUUGUAUAUAGUACUCUGUUUAUCGGAAUGAAAGUCGCCAUUUAGCUGUUUGUCCUGAAACGUUUUAGAGACAUCUAGGUCGAUUGUUUCUGUCACAAGAUCAUGAUGUUGUAGAUGAUAUUUUAGCGGCAUUGAUUCAUCGGCUCACAACAUCAUUCCAAUGCACAGUACAUGCAAGUGUGUGACAAAAUGUUGAACGUUUGUGUACAUAUUUACCACGUAGCCUUACAUUGUCCGUUUUAUUCUGUAUUUGUACAUAUCAAGCACAACAUUUUAUGUGCACAGAGAUGUUUUGUGGUGCUUGCAUGAACAUUGCUGGACCAAGAUCAUGUUCUGAAAACAUUGUUGAGUUUUGAGAUAUUUUACCAAAUUUUAUUCAAAGCCAUUUUGGUGAAGGAAUAAACCUAUUUAAAAAACAAA